AAAACGCGUUCGAUAAAUAAAAAAUAAAAAAGAGAAAAACCCUGCUGGUACUGCUCACUCUCUUUCUCCCUUCUCUCACACUUUCUAAACCCUAACACUCUCUCUCUCUCUCGCUCCGAUUCCCUGCUAUUGGUUUUCUCGAGGGGGGCCUCUAAGCCCUCUCUCUCUCUCAUUCGCAGGCUCAUUCUUUCGCUGCCUUGGCCUUUUCGGAAAUUCUCGCUGCGAAAAGUUCUUCGCUUUCUGAAUUCGAUUUCGUCGUCUUUAUCAAUAGAUUUUCCUUUCUUAAUCUUUGGGAAUUUUUAGAGCUCUUUACGAGCUGUUUUGCUUAAUCUGGAUCAGUAGUUGCCUCAGAACUUGAAAAUAUGAUGACCACCGAAUCCAUAGUUCCAAUUAGAAGGCUGAAGGUUAAGCUUCCCAAAAAAAGAACAGAAGCUGAUCAUGGGACACACUUCGAGCAUCAGGUGAAGACUGCUAGCAUCAAGCGUGGGGCCACUGAUAUGAUAGAAGGCCAUAAACAGAAAAGGCAGAAGUUGGACCGUAGUAUGACUAUGCAGUGUUCAGCAAUUCUUAAAAAGCUCAUGUCUCAUGAUGCUGCUUGGGUUUUCAAUCAACCAGUUGAUCCUGUAAAACUGAAUAUUCCUGAUUAUUUCUCUGUCAUAUCGUCACCCAUGGACUUGGGAACAGUAAAAUCCAAGCUGGAGAAAAAUAUGUACUCUCGCGCUGAUGAGUUUGCAGAUGAUGUCCGACUUACCUUUUCCAAUGCCAUGCUCUAUAACCCUCCUUCCAAUGUAGUUCAUCAAAUGGCAUUGAAUCUAAACCAGAUUUUUGAGAUGAGAUGGAAGGUUUUUGAGGAAAAGAGUAAUCACGAAUGCUCGACAGUUAGACCAAGAAAAUCUUCUAGUGGUUCAGCAGAGGAAUUUAUUGGUAAGAAUCAGAAUGAUCGGAAUGCAUUUCUCUUUCGUAGUAGUUCAGUGCCUAAGAGGUCUAUCCCAUCUGAGCAGAAGAUAAGAAGGUGUUCUUUCAAUGCAAGUGAUGAUGACGUUGAACAUUCAAAAACCGCAAAAAACUGCAAGCAAAAGUCAUUAGGGAGGAAUGUCAAAAAAGGCACUGGUACUGGCAGUAGUCAUGCUUUUUGCUCUGUUAAUGCUAAGCGACUAUCAAGCCCAACUGCCGACAAAUGUAUUACAUGUGGCGCUGCCUGCCAAUGCAUCCCUUCUAAUCUUUCAACUAAUGUGUCCUCAAGUGAACGAUCAUCAUUAGGCAGGGAUAAUCAUUUCUGCAGGGCUGACAUAGUCAGACUGGAUUGUCAAGCCAAAAGUACAGCAGAAUCCCACAUGAGCAAGUCGGAUCAAGAUUCUGAUGGGGCAGUGAGUGCUUUGGAUGAUGUAAAUGUAUGCACCACUACUCAACUCACUACUCCUGUCACGGAUGCUACUUGUGGAGGAGAAGGGUGGAAUACCUCUCUCUUUGAUGUUCAACUGUCACCUGAAAAGGCCCUUCGAGCUGCAAUGCUAAAGAGACGCUUCGCAGACACAAUAUUGAAAGCGCAACAGAAAACAAUACUUGAUCAUGGUGAUAAUACUGAUCCAGUGAAGAUACAGCAGGAGAAGAAAAGAUUGGAAAGAAGGCAGCGUGAAGAGAAGGCAAGGAUUGAAGCAGAACUAGAAGCUGCUCAAGCAGCCUCAAAAAGGGCUGAAAUUGAGUUCAAGAAGCAACUUGAAAAAGAAAGAGAAGCUGCCCGCGCUGCAAUUGAUAAGAUGGAAAGAAGCGUUGUCAUCGAGCAAAACUUUGAAAUACAGAAAGAACUUGAAAAGCUGAGUGGGUGUUCCCUAUUCCAUAUUCUCAACAGUGUUGAUGUAAUGCGAUCAUUUGGGCGAACCAACCUGAGGUCCCCGUUGGAGCAACUGGGUUUAUUUAUGAAGGAUGAGUAUUUGGCAGAUGAGGAUGAGGAUUCCAUUCUGAAUGGAGAUGGGGAGGAGGGGGAAAUAUUUUGAUUAUGGAGUCAAUAUACUGCUUUGUUGUUCUAUUUAUGCAGCUUCCUUUUUGCAGCUCAGAUUGUUUUUAUCAUAUUGAACUGGGAGGUGGAAAGAGGCGAUUGUAUAUAAAUUUUGUUGGUAGCGGAAGUUACCUUACUAGUUUUUAUUGUUAAGUUGUUCAAAUUGAAUGUCUUCUUCUUUCGAUUGUAAGCUGUUAAUAUCAUCGUAAUGGGAGGAGAGGGAGACCGAGUGUAAAUGAAGUUUUGUCUGGUAGAGGAACUUGAUGAUACAAGUUUAAAUAUUGUAAAAGAAGGAAAAGAAAUAAAUGAGAAUUACUGCUGAUCUUCCUGUUUUA